ACGCUAUUUACUAAAUAAACCACAACUGGACACAUCCAAGAAUAUGUCGUCCUCCCCCGCCUCUCCUCUAUUGAGGGGCCCCCACACCCGUGGCCAGCUCCAGGCCCUACUCCUGGCCGCAGAGACAGCUCACAAAGCUGACAUCCUGACCUACAGCAGCGGGCACCUUGGCCCCCACAGCCUGGCCCAGCACCAGCCCCACCCCAGCACACCCAUAUGGGCCACGUCAGAGAGGGUGGAGGGACCCCAGCCCUCUAGCCCCCAGACCCCGGGCGGCCAGCAGGUUCAGACGCAGGCUGACAGGAUGAAGGGGGCCCUGUGUGAGUUCACCCUGGCUACGACCCUGCUGAAGCACGGCCGGACCGAACCAGAGACGGACGACCCCCCAAUGGCCUCUCUCACAGACACCCUGACCACGCAGGGCAAACAAAGCGGACCUCAGACAGUUGUGGACACAUGGGAGUUGUUCCUGGUCAGGCCUGCAGCCCUGGGCCAGACCCAGGCAGCCCCAGGGGAGAGCCCAGGGAUUCAGGACCACUUCUGGAGGACACAGUCUUACCUGGCCGGCGUGACCAAGCGAGACCAGCUGAAGAUGAUGAGGCAGUUUGACAGGCUGGUGGUGGGGAGGCAGGGGCUGCAGGGCAGGGGCUGCGUGGCGGGCAGCCAGGCUGCAGACAGGCAUGCCAGGAGGCUAGCCAGGGAGCUGGCGAAGCUACCAGACCAGAGCUGGCCCAGUCGAGAGCGUCUCAGGGUGUUUGGUGACGUCUUUGAUGAUGUGUGUAACGGCUCGCCGGUAUUUGGGGACAUCCUGGGGGAAAUCAAGACAGAGUACGACCUCUACGUGACCUCCCUCCUGGACGCUCAAUCUGCUCCCAACUCGUCUGUGCUGGCUCCUCUCGAGGCCCUCGAGGAGGGGGGGAUAGAGGGGGCAGCCGAGCUGCAGGAAGCCUGCCAGGAGGUCUCCAGGCUGGGGGAAGAGGCGAGGAGGGCCCUGGAGGAGAACGACAGAGUCAGGGAGGAGUUCCGGCUCUCUCGUGAUGGACUCAUGGGAAUACCAGAGGGCAAAGGGGCUGGCAGCAGGGUGGAGGCUGCGACGCCGCAGGCCGAGGCGUGCGUCGGUCCCCUGGACCGCGUGCAGCCCCACAGGCGGCAGGUCUGGGACACGUGGCAAGAGGUGCAGCAGCUGGAGACGGAGAUCAGGGACACCAUGGUGUCCACCAUCACCACCAGCGCCAUCGAGAGGUGCAUCAGAGACACCAAGGCAGAGGUCAUGAGACUGCUGGCCUCCAGUGAUCGCUACAGGACCACCAACAAGGAGCUGGAGGGACACAUAUCCAUGGUGAUGACCCAAGCAGGAGUGAGCCAGGACGAGACAGCGUAA